GGAGGAGCAGGAAGUGGCGGUGCGAGGGCUGCUGCACAGCUAGCAGAGCCGCGGUCCGGACGGCAGCGCGUGCCCCAAGCUCUUCGUCUUCCCCCGCCCGCCAGCCCGAGCCCAGCCCGCGGCCCCAGCAGCAGCCCCGAGAGCAGCCCCAAUAGCAGCGCCAUGGCCGGGUGGAACGCCUACAUCGACAACCUCAUGGCGGACGGGACCUGUCAGGACGCAGCCAUCGUGGGCUAUAAGGACUCGCCCUCCGUCUGGGCCGCCGUCCCCGGCAAGACCUUCGUCAACAUCACGCCUGCUGAGGUCGGUAUCCUGGUUGGCAAAGACCGGUCAAGUUUUUUCGUGAACGGGCUAACGCUUGGGGGCCAGAAAUGUUCUGUGAUCCGGGACUCACUGCUGCAGGACGGAGAAUUUACCAUGGAUCUUCGUACCAAGAGCACCGGUGGAGCCCCGACCUUCAAUAUCACUGUCACCAUGACUGCCAAGACGCUAGUCCUGCUGAUGGGCAAAGAAGGUGUCCACGGCGGUAUGAUCAACAAGAAAUGUUAUGAAAUGGCUUCUCACCUGCGGCGUUCCCAGUACUGACCUCGUCUGGCCCUCCCCUCACCACUCCCCACUGCUUUUGCACCCCUCUCCUUCCCACACACAUACAUACACCAUUUUUAUUUUUUGGGCCAUUACCCCACACCCCUUAUUGCUGCCAAAACCACAUGGGCUGGGGGCCCGGGCUAGAUGGACAGACACCCCCUGCCCCCAACCCAUACCCCUCCUGUGUGUGGUUGGAAAAUUUUUUUGUUUUUUGGGUUUUUUUCUGAAUAAAAAAGAUUCUACUAACAA